AUGGAGAGUCUACUUUCUCUAAAAGAAGCGAUUGUAAUUUAUUUAGAUAGAAGUGGUGGGUUACGGAAACUCAUGGAAGACUGUUACGUAUUGAAAGGUGCACAGCAGAUGGAGGCCGUGUAUCGGUUCAGUUUUGAUGUAAAUCCCUCUGAUGUGCUUGAAUUGGACGCCACACUGGGAGACUGUAUAUUACACGACCCCCUCAAAGCUGCCGUACUCUUUCAGUCUGUUUGUUUUCUGUCCAUAAAAACACUAUCACUUAUUGAUCACAUAGAAACAGAAAGCCAGGUUAAUGUUGUUUUAAAGCCAACACACUUGCCACCUUUUCCCAACUAUUGUUUGGAUCUCUCUAAGUUUCCCCGUGGGUAUGGUCCAAUGAGACCUUUAGCUUUGGAAGGCCUUGCAAUUGCCAUGACACGAGUCACCAAAUACACACAAGGGGCCAGAUUUCUCUGCUCAGAAGAGAAAUGCCCAUGCUCAAGAGGAUAUCAUCACAUCAGAGUUCAUGUACCAGGUGCCACAGAGUCUGCUACAAUCAGGAGUGAUUUUAUCUGUUUUCUCUGCUCGUCUCCACUGAAAGAGGAUGUGAAGUCUCGUGUUUUAGGGGAUAAACAGCUGGUUGAGCUCAUUCAUGUGAAGGCAGUGGAUGUUUUGGGAGUUCAUGAGGUUUCCUCCUUAAGAUAUCAAUCUGUAACCCUUUUUCUAAGAGAUGAACUGUGUAACUCUAUGAGAAUUGGUCAUCUGUACCGAGUUGUGGGGAUUCCAGCUCAUGUGCACCAGUGGCCCAGCAUAACCUGGAGUGUAGAGGCUUGCAGUAUCCAGCCAUGGACCCCCAAAUGCCCCUGUCUGGUUAGCAACAACUUCCAAAACCUGCUGACAGCCUCAGCAUGUUCCCCAUGGAGGUUCAGUGCGAUUGUAGCCAACUCAUUUGGUUCCCCUGUGAUCCCUCCUGGACUCUACAACACACUGAAAUUGGGGCUACUACUUAGUUUGGUGCAAACUGAUGGUAAUCCAGAUACCCCCAACCACCUGGAUGUGCUUGCUCUUACCAGUGACACUCUAAUCAUUGACAGGUUGAUGAGAUAUAGCUUGGGAUUGGCCCAACGUGGAAUUCAUCACACAAUGACAGGAGAGCUGUUGGCAUCUCUGUCCAGAGAUGAGUAUGGAGUAGGUACUGCCAACAUCCAUGCUGGUUCAGCUCUGCUGGCAACUGGAGGAGUCUGUCUGCUGGGAGACCUCAUAUGCUACAAGAGAGACAAGAUAGACAUGCUUCAAUAUGCUCUUGAAAGCAGGACUGUGUCUGUUUUCAUUCCUGCAAAAAAGUAUGGUGAUGAUACAGACCAGCAGCUCUCCUUCCCCAUCCACUGUAACUUCUGGGCCCUAGCUAAUGCUGCCUCCCCAUCCAAGAAGACAGCCAGAUGUGAUAAUGUGGUGCUGGGCUCUGUGGAAAUGGGCUCAGUACCCCUUCAGCUUGCAGAGGCGUUUGGACUCGUGGUCCAGUGUCGAGAAACAAGCGAUCACCCACUCCUGUCCAUGACAGUGCACGUCUUAAAACAGGCCAUCUACCCAGGAGAGCCCAUUUAUCCAGCAUGCAUCCAAUUUACCACACAGGACUACAAAGAGCUCUUGGCUUAUGCAAGGGACUUGAAGGUGGCCAUGAGCCCAGAGGCUGAGAGAAUGAUCCAUGGCUACUAUAUGGCCAACCGUAGGGUUCGUUCAGACUCACAGGGCUCCUCUGUCUCUGCCACAUCCAUCAAACUGCUGUUUUCUCUGGCCCAGGCCCAUGCUAAACUCAGCCUGAGAACACAAGUUCUAGAGGAAGAUGCAGUCAUUGCAGUACUCUUGUGCGAGAGUUCAAUCACCCUAAAACAUGGGGCCUCUGCGCUUGUUUUUCCACCCAAUGCGGUGUUUCCCUAUGCUCUCCAUGACCUGGACUCCCUGCACCGACGAGACCUUACUUUGGAAGAACUCCGCAAGCAGAUCUUGAAUUAUAUGCACACCUACACAAACAUUGUAGAGGAAUAGAUUAAGGUACUACACAUAUUCAAUAUUUACAUUGAAGUAAAUGCAAAAGUCCAAUGCAUGUUUGUCUUGAAUCAUUUUAGCAUUAACUAUCAACUUCACAUUUUGGAAGUGUUCAGGAUUUGAAUUAAAACUUAAGGUCUCCACUUUUGUCUAGAUACAGGUUGAAAAACCUCAAUUCAAUUAAAUUCUAGCUCUGCCAACAUGCACUCACCACAAAUCUAAUUGCACUGCUGCAUCACAGUCUAGACCAAGAGAACAGUUAAAUCUUAAUCUGCAUCUAAGAUUAGGGGAAGUGACCCAAUUAGGCCCACAUGCCAUAUAAGCCCACUUAGUUUUUUGAAAAAGACAAAAAGCAAGAGAAAGAGAAAGGCAAACAUUUGUUGGUAUCAUUUUACUUUUUAUUUGGAGCCAAUCAAAUGUUUCAUUUGAGUUAUUUGGGAGCAUGUGCUACCGCUGUUUGGCAGUCAUUUUGGAAGUUACUCCAAAACUACACUUUUUGAUGACCUCAAAAAGCAAAAAAAAAAAAAAAAAAAAAAAAUAGCAAUUUUUCUGGAGUCAGAACAAACCAGGCGAGGAAUGAUAAAGUUAGAAUUAAGAGAUUGAUAAACCAAAUGAUACUUGAUAUUUAUUUUCUUUGUAUUUAACAGCAAUAUUUUGUAUUUGAAAAGACAGAUUUAAUGAGUUUCUGGAGCUAGUGCAGGACACUGCCUGAGUGAUGCUCACAAAUGAAGAAAAAAAAAAAAGAAAAAAAUCUAAGAAGCAUUACAUGACAAUUUGUUUCUUGAGCUCAAACAAGAUUUAUAAUUGGAAACAGAGCACAAUCCAGAAAUGAAAUUUCGUGGGCUUAUAAGGAACAGUGCCUUUGAAAAGCCUGUUUCCUCAAAGCUUAAAAGCAGAAUAAUUUGUAUUAAAACAACAAACAUGCUCUAUUGCGUUUAUUCAUGAAAAAAAUGGUUUACAUUGACACUAGGAUUAUUUUCCACUGACCCCUAUUGUUUCUAAUAAGCCCACUGAGCAAAUAAUCCACUGUAUCUCAUUAAACUGAACUCCUUGUCAACGCUACAUACUGAAUCGGUUUUCAUUGCAGGGAGAAAAAUGAAGACAAAGAAAAUAAGGACCGUCAGAUUCAGAAAUUAAAGACUUAAUUUACUGGUCAUGUUUGAGGUCUAAAUCUACAAAAAUAAUCAAAAUUGAGGCGUUUUAGUAAAAUGUGAACAUUUACAUUUUAAAAGCAUAGUGGGCUUAAAUGGUACACAUAUUCCUUAUAAACUCACUCCAGACUAUCCACGUUUGCGGUUAAAGUAACUUAAUUUUGUCAGUUUCACAAAGCAUAGGAGUGUUUGAUGAGAGAUUAAUCUUAUGGGGUAGGCUUUAUUGGGUCACUUCCCCUAAACAUUUAAAACUAACGACAUUUUAGAUAUCAGAAAAACAGUUUCAGCACCCCAAUCUAGUCUGAAGGAUAAACUGCAAAAACAUGACUCAAUAAGCACAAGUUAUUAAAAUAAAUA